UUUCACACGUACCAAACGUGCCCUAACCAUCGGCUCCAUGGUCACUUUCUACCUAAAACCCUAGCCACUCCAUUUGGAAAGCCCAUCUCUUCUCUCUGCCCUUUACUCGGGCCCCCUUUUUCUCUCUUCUUCUUCUCCCUCUCUCUGCAACGCCAUGAGGCCACUGGACGAGAAAGAAACCACAACUGUCUUUGAAAAGCUCUUCAAAUUCACAGGGAACAACUUGAAGCACAUAGUCGAGCGUCCCUCCUCAGAAGGCCCUGAACAAGACCCAGGUCGCUAUUGCUUCAGAUUGCAAAAGAAUAGGGUUUUCUAUGUGAGUGAAUCUCUGGUAAAAAGAGCCACAAAUAUCAAUAGGGAGAAGCUCAUCUCUCUUGGUACCUGUAUUGGUAAGUUCACAAAGGGUGGUAGCUUUCAUUUGACAGUUCAAUGCCUUGAUUUGUUGGCUGCUCAUGCUAGGCACAAGAUAUGGUUGAAACCCACUUCUGAGAUGUCUUUUUUAUAUGGAAACCAUGUCUUAAAAAGUGGGUUAGGGAGAAUUACAGAGAACAUUAAUGCGAAUGAUGGGGUUGUUAUUUAUUCGAUGUCAGAUUUGCCUUUGGGUUUUGGGAUCGCUGCCAAAUCGACACAGGAUUGUAGGAAGCUUGAUCCUAAUGGAAUUGUUGUUCUUCAUCAGGCUGAUAUCGGUGAGUAUUUGAGAAUGGAGGAUGAUCUUUGAGGGGAUGUGGUGUUUGUAGCGUUUUUGAACUGGUUAUUAUGAGGCUUCUUGUUUCCCUUUUUCCCUUCUUGUUUUUGGGAUUGAUGGGGCGAAUUAUUAGAAAGUUUUGAGCUAAGGCUGGGUUUGCAAAUUUUGGCUGUCCCCAUUAUCUUUUCUUUUUUUUUGGGGAUGUAUUAGCGAGAAUUAUAAGUUUCAGCUACUUCUCGAAUUUGAAUUUUAUAUGAUAUUAGCUUUGUAAAGU